AUUUCCUCUCAGAGAUGUGAGAAAGAAAGCAUGAAAAGCAGAACUCAUCAUGCAAAUAGGAGAAAAGUCCUUCUGUUGUAUAUCUAACCACGGGCAGAACAUUUUAUCUUCUUUGAGAGACACCUGAAUGUGUUGUUACUCUUUCUUUAAAAAAUAAUUUUUCUUAGCAACGUGAGGUAAAGAUGGAGAGGAGAUGGCAAUUUCAGGUGCAUUAUUUGUUCAUCCUCACACACUUGAUCAAUGGUAAGUUCAUUUUCUUUAAAGAAACCUCUUCCUGUUAGGUUGAUAAAUCUGUUGCAUGCCUGAGCUGAGGGUGAGAACCCAAGGCGAUGUGGUGGUGUCUCCUUCAAGCUUUAUAUCCAGGGUCGUAUUUCUUGGGGACUUCCGAAAAUUCACUUUUGGAUAUGAAGUACUGCAUUAGGCUGACAUUGCAGAGCAAUUAUUUUGCUUCUUACCAUAACUGUAUUUUCAAGGGGAGUUUGCUAAUAACGAUGCGGUUAAAAUAUUCUUACCAUUUAUUAAUAAGAAUUCAAUAAUAAGCUGUAAUUUCAUUUCUGAAGGAAAGUGCUAGGUUGUCUGAUUUUCUCUGGUUUUUGGAACCUCUGUCAAUGUGGACUUUGCACUAAAGAGGGAGAUGGGAAAUGCGAAGAAUCUUGCAGAUGAUAUUGGAUUCUAGCUCCCAUAAGCCACAGCCAUCACGGCCACUGGUCAGUGAUAUAAGCCCAACAACAUUUAGAGGGCCGCAGGUUCCACACUCUGUUGCAACAUUUCAGAAGUAAGGGUGUUAGUUGUAUAGCCUUGAUCACGAAUUGUAGUGAUCUUAUGCAGCCUUUCCUUCACAUGGGGCUUAAGAGAAUAUCCAUGGGCAGAUUUUGGCAAUAUGGUGUCCUGAGUGAGAACAAAAUUUGGUGCACCCUCCCAAAUAUUUCUUAUUUUCACAAUAAUUCCUUUUAGUACAGUUUCUUUUUAAUGGAUCUUCUCAGUAGGUACCUGUAUAAAUAUAGAUAUUAUUAUUAUUAUUAUUAUUAUUAUUAUUAUUAUUAUUAUUAUUAUUUUGCAUCUAUUCAGCUUGGUGCCUUAAGUCUGCUGCUGGAAUAUCCUGGUAGGACAGGGGUCGCCAACCUUUUUGGAGCCUAUGGGCAUGUUUGCAGACAGGAGAAGCUGCAUGCAGUAUUGCCUACAAUAUACAUUUUUUAAAAGCAAUUUUCCUCCCUAAUAUAAUAAAUAAUAAUAAUAAUAAUAAAUUUUAUUUAUAUCCUGCCCUCCCCAGCCGAAGCCAGGCUCAGGGCGGCUAACAACAAUAAAACAGUACAAAAGUACAGCACAAACAACACUCUAAAAUCAUUCAUUAUAAAAUUAAUUCAAAUCAAGCCACUGGCAACCAUUGGGCCAGAGCUCCGCGAAGAUUGCCGAGGGAGGGAGUCAGGCUGUGCCCUGGCCAAAGGCCUGGUGGAACAGCUCUGUCUUGCAGGCCCUGCGGAAAGAUGUCAAGUCCCGCAGGGCCCUAGUCUCUUGUGACAGAGUGUUCCACCAGAUCGGAGCCACGACCGAAAAAGCCCUGGCUCUAGUUGAGGCCAGCCUAACUUCUCUGUGGCCUGGGACCUUCAGGAUGUUUUUAUUUGAAGACCAUAAGUUUCUCUGUGGGGCAUACAGGGAGAGGCGGUCCCGUAGGUACGAGGGUCCUAGGCCGUAUAGGGCUUUAAAGGUUCAAACCAGCACCUUAAACCUGAUCCUGUACUCCACUGGGAGCCAGUGCAGCUGGUAUAGCACCGGGUGAAUGUGAUCUCGCAGCGAAGACCCCAUAAGGAGUCUCGCUGCAGCAUUCUGCACCCGCUGGAGUUUCUGGGUCAGUCUCAAGGGCAGCCCCACGCAGAGCGAGUUACAAUAAUCCAGUCUGGAGGUGACCGUCGCGUGGAUCACAGUGGCUAGGUCAGGGUGAGAGAGGUAAGGAGCCAACUGCUUAGCUUGGUGGAGAUGGAAAAAUGCCGCCAUUGUUAUAGCUGCAAUCUGCGCCUCCAUGGAAAGGGAGGUGUCGAAGAUUACACCCAAACUCUUAACGGACGGUGCUGGCACUAAUUGCGCUCCUGCAAGAGAUGGGAGUUGCCCCCCCCAAUCCCAUAUCGUCCCGUCCCAGCCAGAGGACCUCUGUCUUCGAAGGAUUUAGCUUCAACCGGCUCCCACGUAACCAUCCAGCCACAGCUUUCAAACAUCUGCUCAAUGUGUCUGGGGCCGAGUCAGGAUGGCCAUCCAUCAACUGAUAGAGUUGGGUGUCAUCAGCAUACUGAUGGCAACCCAACCCAAAACUCCGGACAAGCUGGGCGAGGGGGCGCAUAAAGAUGUUGAAAAGCAUAAAGAUGUUGAAAAGCAUCGGGGAGAGUAUCGCACCCUGAGGUACUCCACACACUAAGGAGUGGCGCGAUGACAAUUCCCCCCAAGCGCCACCCUCUGUCCCCAGAGAGAAACAUUUUGCAUUUUGUAUGGUGUUGUUGUUGUUGUUGUUGUUUUUUGGUAAUGCAUUUUAUGUGGACUUCAGCCUAGAGUAUGCUACACAUUGAUUGACUGAAGAACCACAGUGCUGAAUUUAGAGAAAUGUGAAUUUAAUAAAAUGGCUGCUUUGCUUUGUGUAAGGCUUCAGAAAUGGCAAAUUGUGCAGGUUUGCCUUUAAAAGUGAAUGGAAUCAAGUUCCUCCCCUAUCCCUACCGCUAUGGUAGGAUGCGCCAAAAACCAAUAUAAGCAAAACGGCUGUGGUGCUACCAUAGUUCUAUCUACUGGUUCUCCCUAAGUGCUCCUGUGCUGGUUCAGCAAGUCUCAUGGAUAGACUUGAUCCUAUCAGAUAGGGCAAGCAGCUGAAUCUCUCUGGAUAGGAUUAUAAGCCUAAAUGCAGACCAGACAGUCAAACUAGAGUCAGCCCAUGCUUAACAACUUUGGCCUGAUAAUAGACCCCUCAUGACAACUUGAAAGAUACAGAUACUCAAGAGUUGCAGCACGUUCUGAGAUAAAAGGACUAUUAAUAAAAGUUAAGUAUUAAAAUAUUUAUUCCUAAUUCCCUGUUGAUGUUGCACUUUGAUCUUCAUGCAUGCUCUUAAGCAUAAUUCUCAGGAAGAAUUUCCUGUGUAGAAUUCUCUCAAAAGUGAAGCAGCUUCCUGAAUGCAAGAUGCUGAAUUGAGAUCCCUGGGCUGUUUAUACUGUUCUUUGUUCCUCGUUAGAAAAAUAUAUACUCUUGCUCUUUAUUCUAAAAAGUCUCUUAAGGCGUACUCACACAGCGUUUAAAGGCCAGGAUACCAUGAUUGUAGGUCCUAGAUAAAGCUCUUCACUUGACUCCUGCACCAUCUCAUAAAAAUCCAUGCAAUCUAGCAUUCUCUUCUCACACGGGAAUAUGCUCCCAACACUUUCUGUCCCAAAUCGGGGACACUCCCUCAACCCCCCGUCCCUCACCAGCCCAGGCUACCUUGGCCCACCACCAUUUGCAAGCAUGCCCAGGACACCUUGGCCUGCUGCCGCACCCUCCCCCCCACCUCCACCCGCCCAGGCCUGCCCCCCACCACCUUAGCUUUGGUGGCUCACUGUCGCUGCAAGGCCAAAGUCAAGGUAGCUUUUGCAAGGCCACCUCCUCCCCAAUCCUGGUUGCUGUGAUCCGAGAUGUCCUGGUUAAAAUGGGAUGGUUGUGGGGUAUGCAGUGGCCAACUAGAUUCUUAAAGAAAGCCUGUAAAUAGGACAUGAGUGCAACAGAGCUCCAUCCCACUUGUGAUUUCAAGUAACUAGUAUUCAGAGACAUGCUCUUCCAACUCUGCUAUUCUAUGGUUUUAUGCUGCCUCCAGCAGUGGAGGCAAGUGGCCACUGGCAGCCUUGUUCUCCAUGGAUUUGUGCAAUUGACACGGGUGGCAUCAGAGCCUAGGACUUGCCGAUCAGAAGGUUGGCGGUUCCAAUCCCCACGACGGGGUGAGCUCCCAUUGCUCGGUCCCUGCUCCUGCCAACCUAGCAGUUUGAAAGCACACCAAAGUGCAAGUAGAUAAAUAGGUACCGCUCUGGCAGGAAGGUAAACGGCGUUUCCAUGCGCUGCUCUGGUUCGCCAGAAGCGGCUUAGUCAUGCUGGCCACAUGACCCGGAAGCUGUACGCCGGCUCCCUCGGCCAAUAAAGCGAGAUGAGCACCGCAACCCGAGUCGGUCACGACUGGACCUAAUGGUCAGGGGUCCCUUUACCUUUACCUUAUGUGCACAUAAGAAGGGGUCCCCAGAUCUCUUGGCAUUCUGAUGUGUGAUAGCAGGCAAAAAGACUCUUCCAGCAUUGAAGCCAUGAAGGGGCAACACAGGUAGAAAAGGGCUGUGGGGGCCAAUCUUUUAACCUUUUUUCUCUAGGCCAUUUCAGAAUAAAAAUUUGCUCGUGCCAUUCCAUUUUUUUUAUUGAUAACAAAUACAAUGGAAAACAAAAAGAGACAACUCCUAGCAGUGCUAGAUUUAUAUCAUAGAACACAGCUAAUUUAUAAUAUGUUUGUGGGAUAUCCAGAAGGUAUAAAAUAAUGCAGCUAUGUAAUAACAUGAAUCAUUCCCAAAUAUAAUAUUGAUUGCCCUUGAAUCUCACGCCACACCCUUUGAGAACCACUGUUUUUGUGCCGCUAUCUUCAUCACAUCGCUCAUGCCAGUUUCCCCAUAUUCUACUGCCAGGUGUGCAGUGGGAGCCUAGGAAUUAUAAACAUGAGGAUAUAGAGCAUGUGAAAAUGACACUGUGUGCCUUUGUGUUCUCUUGCAGCCCAGUCUAACAUCAUCCUUCAGGACGGGAAAACUGUCUAUGGUUUGCCUGGCAGCAAUGUGACUCUGUCAUGUAGCAUCCCAAAGAAAAAGGAUAUCUAUGUAACACAAACGCAGUGGACAAAGAUUCAGGAUGGUCGGCCGAGAAAGAUAGCUGUGUACCACCCUACCUAUGGCACACGAUACCAUGAAAAGGCUUACAACUACUCUGUCAGUUUCAGAAAGGAUGUCCACAAUUGCCUGGGCGGCCACACUGAUAUUACAGCCAGCAACAUAGAAUGUAGUCAAUGGAUUCUUCAGCUGAAGAACGUGAAUCUGGAAAUGUCUGGCUUGUAUGAAUGCAACUUUGCUACAUAUCCAACUGGAACAAGCUGCUCUGAAAUCAAUCUUGUUGUUAAGAAGAGUGGUAAGCAGUAAUUGACACAUUAAGAUUUGUUUUUAAUGAGGGGCAUUAUAAUCUUUUAAACGGUAUCUCUUUCGCAGUGACUCCAGAUAACGCAUUUGCAUUGCUGCUCGAAUGACCGCAUUCCUGUUGCAAGUAAUGUGCUUCGGUUUACAUUUUAGAAGAACUUCAAAUGCUUCCAUUCAGGGCAGAAACAGUAAAACAGCGAGUUUUUUUAAACUUCUACUCUACCUUAUUCUCCAAGGAAAGUCAAAGCGGCCAACAGAUUAAAUAAUUGCACUGUGUAAAACCAAUAAUGUUUAUUUUACCAAUGCAAUAAAACUCAAAUUGACAAAUCCAGCAGUCAUCAACAUAAAUGCAAGCUGAGCCAGCCCAAAAGUUAUUUCAUCAGCAAAAUGUUUUACUAAAAAGCCACAUCUCUGCCUGGUGCCCACAAAGAAGUUACCUGUCACACCAUGCUUGGGUGGGCAGCCCAGCAGCAACAGCCCUAAUCCAAGUUGACACCUGCCUUUCCUCACAUGGCUGUGAGAUCCGGAGCAGGAGCUCAGAUGGCAAUCAGAAUUUGACUGAGCAUCUGUGUUAGGGAAUCAUACUCCAUGAAAGCUGAGAUGAAGAGUGAAAGGAAUAUAGAAUACUUCAGAUGCUGGAAAGGUUGCCAUAAUGUGAAUUUACCAUUCUCUUGAAAUAUUGGGUUGCCCACACACCCGCUUGUGCCAUGUCUAGAAAGCACCACUUCUGCCAGGAAAACCUGCUCUUUAGCACUGAAUCAGAGCAAAUGUCAAUCUGCAGAAAACCCAAUUGAUGUUUGCUCCGAUUCAGCGGUAAAGAUUGGGUUUCCCCAGGGGCAAGUGGCAGUCUGCAUGAGCCCUUAGUCCCACUUCUCAUUGAUUAGAUAAGUCUAUGUCUGGUGAUGGUUUCUAUAACAAAAUGCUCUCCAUUGAGGAGAGGAGUGACAUCCUUGCAUAUGGAAAACUAAUAUGUCAGGGACUAGGACAAAGUCGAUACCUCUCCUUGAUAUGUAGUUCGAUAUGUGGAAGAUUAUUAUUUUUCAGUGGAAAGAAACUUCCUGGAGUAUGUCUAUAUGAGUCUAGGGAGGUUAUGAGCAUUUGAAUAAGGAUGCUUGCCAAAGAUUGGAGGCAGGAUCAUAGCAAGCAAGGAUUUACUGUACAAGCUCCCUUCUUGCAGAUUGUCCUGCUGCAGGCAUGCAUGGAAAACAAGGGACAAGACUUGUUUGUUCUGAUAAUCACAGAAUCAUAGAAUAAUAGAUUUGGAAGGGAGCCUGAAGGUCACUGAGUAUUGGAGGCAGGACUAACUGGACUGAUAAAUGCAGUUUUGAUUGUGACAGGCACACUGAUCAUACAUAAUUCAGGGUUUUUAUCUGCCAUUUACAACUUGAUAGAUAAGAAAAAAUCCAAGACCAUAAAGAUGAUCUGGUCAAAUGGAUAGAGCAUCUAGUGGAAUGGAUGGAUUGCUUGAGAUAGAUUUUUGUUUGCUCCUGAUGCUGCUCUUUCAAGCUUUGCUCUUCACUUCUUACAUAAGUGUGACCACCCACCCCAGCAUUAUCACUAACUACUGGACAAAAGUCAGACAGUCUGUUUAUUUUAUUCUUCCUCUCUUCCAUAUAACAGCAGUAUCCCUUGCUGUCUGCUGCAUUGCCUGGUUGAGAGUACAAAAUAAUAGCUAGCAAGAGAAUAAACAAACCCCAACAUCCUGCAAAAUUUGUCUUUUCACCCAACUGGGUUAGAAGAUUCUCAGAAACAGAGUUGGAGGAUGUAGGAUAUUAGUCAUUAAGAAAACAUAACUUCACUUCAAAGUAAAACAAACCCAUCUGGAGGGAACAAAACCCAACCCAAGUCACUGGGGGAAGGAUAACUGGCAGACGUGGAGGACCAAAGUGGAGGCAAUGAGUGUUACUGCAGAACUGGAUCAAAGGAAGGAUGACACAAUAAGACUGUUGACGCAGCAUUGUGAGAAUGCAGAGAGCAGCUCUGGGAGCUGCAAAAUAUUCAGCUACUUAACCAACCUCUUCCUGACCUUAAUUUAAACCACCUGGUCUGCAUUUUUUUGCAUUCACCCGCUUGGGGUGUUUACUGGUUGACAAGAUAAUAGGCCCGCUCUUUGUCUAGCAAACACUGUCUUUGGCUAUGAUGCUAAACACCACAAUUCAGCACUGUGGGAACAAGGCUGGGUGAGCAACAGACAUAAAACCAAACCACGGUCCAUUGAAACAGGAAGCAAAUGCUUCUCGUCUCCUUGCAACCAUGCUAGAAGAAGAGAGGAUAUGAAGCGGGGUGGUGGGGGUGGGGGUGAUGCAAACCUGAGGCUCAUCCAAACUCAUUUGAAUAGAAUCAUAGAAUUCUAGAGUUGGAAAGCACCUAAGGGUCAUCUAGUCCAACCUCAUAGGUAAAGGGACUCAUGACCAUUAGGUCCAGUCGUGACCGACUCUGGGGUUGCAGCGCUCAUCUCGCUUUAUUGGCCGAGGGAGCCGGCAUACAGCUUCCGGGUCACUUUUUUUUUUUAAGUAUAAUUUUUUAUUAACCGACCAAUCACAUCAAAUCAAACCAAAUUACAUAAAUUCCAAAUUACACAGCCAAAUUUUAAAUUUUUGUUGGGGGUACACAUAUUUCAAGUUCCAAAGGGGAUCCAAUCAACUUCUUGCUUCUUACUGCUGUUUUAAUGUCCACAAAUCUAACCUUAUGAUGUUCACAGUACUAUCCAGUCCUUAUUGUUUUUCCACAUCUCUUGUUGUUAUUUUCAUAUAUUUUUCCUUUCUCUUUGUGACCUCUGAUAGUCUCCACAAGCUGGUUAAAACAUUUUGUAAUCCUGCAUGGAUAUUAUUUUUUUUAUUCAGUAGCCAUAUCCAGACGUUUUCCAUAUAACAUCACUUCCAUACAUCAAAACAGUCUUAGCGUCAUUAAUCUUCACCAAUCUGCCUCCUUUCUCAAAACCUCUGAGGAGAUUCACCAGGAAUGCAGUCUGAAAACAAGUCCGUUCUUCCUCCCGGCUAUAAAUCCUUUGGCAAGAUGGCGACUCCGAAUUAAUUGCUGCGCCAUUCCAAAAGCUCUUAUUGCUUCUCGAUCUCCAUAAUGCAUACUUUUGGUUAAAGUUUAUCUCCACACAGACCUUAAUCAUCCUGCUUGGGUCAGUUCAACUGACGAUUCUAAUGAGGAGGGGUUCUUGUAACUCACAUAGAAGGAAAGUAAAAAAGGUCCCCCCCCAUUCAGUCCCGUUGUCAACAUACCCAGCCUUUGGUGUAUCUUCAUCGUAAAAUAUUCCUGUUUCUCCAACCCGUCGUCUUCUUUCGCAGAGGUCACUUAAAUUAGCAGACUUCACUCCCCUUCUUCACUUGAAAUAUGUGCAUUUGCUUCUUUUGUAAUUAAUUAUUCCAAAUUGCUGCAGCUAGUGCGCGAUCAGAGACAGCGUGCAGGAGAGCUGAGGUCCACACGGGGGCAUUCUGCCUAGGGCCCUCACCCCCUUCUUUCAAAUUAGGGGGUGAUUUAUGGGCACAGCAGGCAAGGGCAGUGUUCCCCAUUUCCUUGGGGCAACAAGGGAGGCUGCCUACUCCCAUAACAGCCUCUUAAUUACCCUGUGUGGGUCGGAGAGAUGGUAUUGUCGGCCAUCUUCCAAUGCGCCCCCUAGUGGCCCCCCCAGCUUCCGGGUCAUGUGGCCAGCAUGACUAAGCCACUUCUGGCGAACCAGAGCAGCGCACGGAAAUGCCGUUUACCUUCCCGCCGGAGCGGCACCUAUUUAUCUACUUGCAUUUUGACGUGCUUUCGAACUGCUAGGUUGGCAGGAGCAGGGACCGAGCAACGGGAGCUCACCCAUUGCGGGGAUUCGAACCUCCGACCUUCUGAUCAGCAAGUCCUAGGCUCUGUGGUUUAACCCACAGCGCCAUCCGCGUCCCUGUCCAACCCCAUAGUAUGGUUUAAACAAGACCACUGUGUGGCAAUUCUGUACUGCAGGGACAGGGAAACUGUGGCCAUGCGUACGUUGGACUGCAACAUCCAUUGUUUCUGACCAGUGGCUGUGCUUCCUAGGUCUGAUGGGAGCUAGAGUCUAACAAUUGUAGAGUUGGGGUCCCUUCCAACUCAACAAUUCUAUGGUUCUAGGAUUCUAACAUUUGGAGGACCACAAAUUCUUCCCCCUCCUGUGUUACAUUCUGUCCAGUGCUCAUCAGUACAAAGCCUACAUUCACAGAGGAGCCAAAAAUUAAUUACAAGCAGGCCGUUCUCUUUGCCACAGGAUUCUCUUUACCAAUGUCCUUGCUAUAACAGAAUGACUGCAUUGCAACCCAUUGCAUCCUAAUUGUAUAAAUAGACUUUCUACUGGGGAGUUUGAGUGAAGUAAGGCAUGCCAACAAUGUGAGGGAGAGUAAUGCCUGCCUUAUUAAGUCUCAGGAAAUGCAUCCCUUUGUUGGCUCUGCUCUACAGCAUUGCAAUCCUGAGCAUGUUUGAUGUUAUCCCAAAUCCUCUGAUGAUUUGGUGUACCAGUGGCUUAUGAUAUCUGGAGUGUUUUAAUAGCCUCAGUAUCCAUGUGCUGGAAUGCCCAGUGCUUGGCAUCUGGGCUUGAGAUGGGGUGCUCUGAGGACAGCUUCAUCAACUCGUACAAUCUGAGUUUGCCCAUAGAGCAUUGCCAUUGAUGGAAAAUUGCCUUGGACCCCAAUCUAAGCGAAUUGAAAGGAGUUCACAGAAUGAAAGUUUCCAGUCAGCUCUUCCCACUACCUGCCGUCUGCAACCCUAAGAAAGUCUCUAUGGAGGAACAUAGAUAGUUUUCUUCUACUGAGUCAAUAAUUGCUCCAUCUAGCUUAGUACUGUCUGCGGUCACUUGCAGCAGGUCCUCAGACAUGGGAUAUUUACCUAGACAUACCAGGAGAUAUUGGGAGUGAACCCUUUGACCAAGCAGAUGUUCUGCCACCAAUCUAUAGCCUUCCCUAGAGGGGGAGUUACUCCUGAAAAAUGUGGGACAUGGCUCAGGGGGCUGCUCAGGGAAGGAAAGAGAAGACAGCAAAAUUUCCUUCUGGCGACUUCCUUAAAUUAUCUUGGUUUAGGAUUCAAGCCCAAUUUGUGGCAAAUCCUUUCUCAGCAGUCAUCUGUGCCUUACCUCACCUUGUUCAGAAAGCCUCUCUGACCCUCUAGAGCAGCCUUGCUCAGCCUUUGUUAAUUGUUUAAUUGCACACUGAGAUGGAGAAUGCCUGUAUGUGUGUUUCUAAGGCUUUAACAUUGGAAAAUUUCAUUGGAAUAUACUAAGCUAGAAAGAGCUCUCUAAGCUUCUAGCUGGGUUGAUAAUUAAUUGUUGAUGUUCUCUGUUGGCCUUCACAUGAGUGUAACCUUAGAUCAUGUGUUCAAGGUAUUCACUUGCAAAUCUUCAUUUUGAAAGGUAGUUGCCUUUGCCUUUUGGCACAGUGAGAAAAGGAUAUGAUAAGUUGCCUCUCCAGGAGUUGCAUAACCUUAGGCUGGAUGCAGACUAAUGCAGGAUAUGAAAGAAACAGAGCUUUGAUCUUUGAUUUAAUCACAAUUAUGUUAUAUAUUUAAGAAGAAGAACCUAUGCUUGAAUAUGUAUAUGCUUUAUACAAAUUUCUUCAUGCUGUGCAAUAUUAAUAUCUGCAACAAACCUUGGGUCCCCAGAUGUUGUCGGAAUACAACUUUCAUCAUCCCUGGCCUGCUAGCUAGAGAAGAUGGGAGUUGUAGUCCAACAACAUCUGGGGACCCAAGAUUGAGAAAGGAUGCAGGUGGCUGCAUAGGAAGAAAUGGGAAGAAAAUGUCUAAAGUUAUUUUAAUAGUCAAGCCUCUGUGAAUUGUCCUUCAGAUUUUGGCGAAAUAGAAAUAAGGAAACUAGUCUCAUUCCCCCAAGAAACUGUACUCAGUGGGGAGUUGAAACCAAAGCCAUAACUGAGCUAUUGCUAGGCUGUUGAAUGGAUCCUAGUAUCUGUAGUACUGUUCUUGAACAUCAUCUCCUCUUCUAUUUGAAUCUGUUUCAUAAAUGCCAAGUAAUGAUUAUUGUGUAAGAAUUUGCAGUGCUGACUUGGCUGCUGUCUAACUAAUGUAAACGUGUAUUUUCUUUCUGUGCUCAAGUGAAACCAGAAAUCUCUAUUGGCCUCCAAGCAAGUUUCACAAGAGAGGUUAGUAAAUUUAGAGGUACAAAUGCAUGAGUUAGUGUAUAGCUUUAUUGCUCCAGUCAUCCAAUCAAAUGGCACAAAACUGAGAAUUUGGCCACAAGAAAACCAGCUAGGGCAACUGAUUUGGGAACGUUUCCCCCUCAAGUUUGGAAUCAUCCAGUCAGAAUUUCCUCCUAGUAAUUAUGUGGCCCUCAGAUGGUAUUGAACCUUUGAAGGAAAGAAUUCAGAAUGCUCAUUAGCUCAAAGUACUCGUUCUUUGACAUCUGUAGGCAACAUAAAAGAAUAGAAAAGAACAACACAUUAUCUCAUCCUUGUCCUUUGUUUACAUGCAACCUGUUUCAGGAUUUACCUGACCACAGGGAAAGGGCUGUAGCUCAGUGCUGGAGCAGCUGCCUUGAAUAGAAUCAUGGAAUCAUAGAGUUGGAAGCAUACAGAAGGCACUAUGUUAAAUUCCUGGCAUCUCCAGGACUCAUAAUGUCCCCUCUCUGAAAUCCUGGAGAGCUAAUAAUAAUAAUAAUAAUAAAAAUAAAUUUUAUUUAUAUCCCGCCCUCCCCAGCCAAAGCCGGGCUCAGGGCGGCUAACAACAAUAAAACAGUACAAAAGUACAGCACAAACAACACUCUGAAAUCAUUCAUUAUAAAAUUAAUUAAUUCAAGCCACUGGCAACCAUUGGGCCAGAGCUCCGCGAAGAUUGCCGAGGGAGGGAGUCAGGCUGUGCCCUGGCCAAAGGCCUGGUGGAACAGCUCUGUCUUGCAGGCCCUGCGGAAAGAUAUCAAAUCCUGCAGGGCCCUGGUCUCUUGUGACAGAGUGUUCCACCAGAUCGGAGCCACAACCGAAAAAGCCCUGGCUCUAGUUGAGGCCAGCCUAACUUCUCUGAGGCCUGGGACCUUCAAGAUGUUUUUAUUUGAAGACCAUAAGUUUCUCUGUGGGGCAUACCAGGAGAGGCGGUCCCAUAGGUACGAGGGUCCUAGGCCGUAUAGGGCUUUAAAGGUUCAAACCAGCACCUUAAACCUGAUCCUGUACUCCACUGGGAGCCAGUGCAGCUGGUAUAGUACCGGGUGAAUGUGAUCUCGCAGUGAAGACCCCAUAAGGAGUUUCGCUGCAGCAUUCUGCACCCGCUGGAGUUUCUGGGUCAGUCUCAAGGGCAGCCCCACGUAGAGCGAGUUACAAUAAUCCAGUCUGGAUGUGACCGUCGCGUGGACAGUGGCUAGGUCAGGGCGAGAGAGGUAAGGAGCCAACUGCUUAGCUUGGCGGAGAUGGAAAAAUGCCGCCUUUGUUAUAGCUACAAUCUGCGCGUCCAUGGAAAGGGAGGUGUCGAAGAUUACACCCAAACUCUUAACGGACGGUGCUGGCACUAAUUGUGCCCCCGCAAGAGAUGGGAGUUGCCCCCCCCAAUCCCAUAUCGUCCCGUCCCAGCCACAGGACCUCUGUCUUCGAAGGAUUUAGCUUCAACCGGCUCCCACGUAACCAUCCAGCCACAGCUUCCAAACAUCUGGUCAGUGUGUCUGGGGCCGAGUCAGGAUGGCCAUCCAUCAACAGAUAGAGUUGGGUGUCAUCGGCAUACUGAUGGCAACCCAGCCCAAAACUCCAGACAAGCUGGGCAAGGGGGCGCAUAAAGAUGUUGAAAAGCAUCGGGGAGAGUACUCCACACACCAAGGAGUGGCACGAUGAUAAUUCCCCCCCAAGCACCACCCUCUGUCCCCGACCAGAGAGAAACGAGCGCAGCCAUUGAAGGACUGUGCCCUGGAUCCCCACGUCGGCAAGGCUGUGGUCCAGAAGUUCGUGAUCGACCAUGUCGAAAGCUGCUGACAGAUCUAGAAGAAUCAGCAGCCCCGACCCACCUCGAUCCAGCUGUCUAAGAAGAUCAUCUGUUAGGGCAACCAGAGCCGUCUCGGUCCCAUGACCAGCGCAGAAGCCGUACUAGAAUGGAUCCAGAGCCGAUGUUUCAUCCAGAAACCCAUUGUGUCGAUAUACACAAUGAAAAGCUAGAUGGACCAAUGCUCUGAUUUAGUAUAAGGCAGUUGCCCAUGUCGUUCCCCUCCAUGUCAUUCCCUUCUUAUGAAUGGGGUCAUCUCAGAAGCAGGCCUCGCCCAUUACCAAUCCACUCUAUGCAUUAUCAGGCAAUGCAUAGAGGGGAUUGGUAAUGGGAGCCAAGCUUUGUACACUGGUAACUGUAUAUAUUUACAUGCAAGAAGAACACCCGAAGAAGGCUCCAGGAGUUAAAGUCUAAUUCAGAUUUUAAAAUCUACACAUCCCAGAUUUUAUAUAUAUAUAUAUAUAUAUAUAUAUAUAUAUAUAUGAAUGAAAUAAUAUUAUUUUAAUUUUAAAAUAAAAUGUUUUAUUUGGCCCAUUUCAGAUCACAACAUUUUCCUAAGUUUGAUAUGCUUGAAAACACAGGUCCAUCUUUUAACAUAAUCCCUGCUUCGAUAGCCUAAGGAGUCAUUUCAAUCUCAUGUGUUGUUGUUCCUAUAUCUGUCCAUCUUCCUAUCGUGUUUCUUGUUCUCAGUUUUAUACCCGCAGAGAAAAGUGAAAUAAAUUAUUUAUAUGGUCAACAGGGGGGCAGUAAAAAAUACAGCAACCACCCACAGUUCUGAGCUUUCUAAAACGGCUGGAAAUGUUAAGUCCCUGUCUAUAUUUUGCACCUCAGAUCACAUUCAGUUUCAAACUUCAGUUAACAUAACACUCUGCAGGUACAAGCAGAUCUAUGAAGGUAAAAUCGUUUUUUUAACAGCUCAUCUUUCUCUAGGUAGUUUAGUAUUUUGCAUUGUAUGCAUCGAGAAUAAGGCUCUUGUGGUCUGCUCGCGGUGUCCUCAUAUUUAGCACUGUCUACGGGGUACCAAACCACAUCCUCUCUGCUUUUAGACAAAACGCAUGCCAGAUGGAGCCACAGCUAUGAUCAUCCUUUCCUUCAUGUUUUGAACUAUUUUAGCGAUAAUAUUUUAGUGGUUUCAAUACACCUGCAGCUCUGUACAAAAUGUUCAGGGUGAUUAUGGGGACAGAGGAUCAAAGACUGAAUGUUUCUGUAAAGCUUAGCCUGAAGUAUUCAAACAUCUUAUUGAUUUAUUGAUUGAUAUGGGACCUUUACUAUGGUGAUUUAGACCAUCUUCCCUGUUGGGGAAGAAGGAGAAAGCAAGGGGUGCUUGUCCCUGUUCCAGUCCCUGUUCCAGGUCUGUUCCUGUUCCAGUCAAACUGCUCUCCUCCUCAGGUUAAAGGACACUGAGACUUCUUCAGGGAAGAAGGCAAUGAGGGAGACAGGUAAACAAAACAUCAGUUGGACAGUCUCAUCGCCACCACAGGGCAACUUUACAUUUAAUAACAUGUAAUUGUUUGCGCAUUUUAAAAGUGUAAACCACCUUGGGUACCUUGGCAGAUAAGCACAUAAGUGCUGUAAAUAAAUAAGUACAAAAGGGCAGGUUAUGUGAGGCUGAUUAUCCCACACAAAGAUUCAACAUUACUCUGCAAUGUAAUGUUCAUUAUAGCCAAGCCGUUAUUGACUUGUUUUCCUUUGAUUUUCUAAUAGGCUAAUAUUACUUGUGUGGUAAGGAAGGCAUUUCCUAAGCCCGACCUUCAGUGGUACAUGGGUGGAGAGAUACUGAAGGACAAAUCCAGAGGUAAUGCAAACAUUGUCUAAAAUGGCAUUUCAAAAAUUCACUUUAAAAAAAUAUCCGGCUGUAACUAGAGAGCACAGUACUCUUUCUGUGAGCAGGAGAAUGUAAACAUUCAUAAUCUAUGUGGGAGGAAAAGCAGCUUUUAUGCUGAACACAACUCUCAUUUAAUGAUAAACUAAUACUCCACCUUCCUCAAAAAUACAGAGAAAGAGGCACACCAACAGUAAGGAUUCCAUUAUCACAAUUCCACAAAAGCAGGGAGAAGAGGUACAAUUUAACCUGGCACUGAAAUGAUGUUCACAUUAAGCUAAGUCAGACCAUUGUUCCAGAAAGCUCAGUAUUGACUUUCCAGGGUUUCUGGCAGAAGUCUUUGUCAGCCCUUUCUGGAAGCACCAAGAUUUAACCUGGGAUCUUUUGCAUGCAAAAUAGGUGCUCUGUCACUUUACUGUGGCCCAGUGCUAAAACUUUGAGCUACGGUUUUAUCCUUCUUCUUAGCUGGUUUGAGUUUUCUUUGAGUUUUAAAGGUUUGAAUAUGAGUUUUAAAGGUUAAAAAAGGGAAUAAAUAAAGACCGAUCUCAUUUCUACUUAUUUUUCAAAGGAAUAUCCAUACAAAAAGAAGAUGCAAAGUUUGAGGGAGGUUUUUAUGAGAGGAGAUCACUGCUGACAAUACGAAGUACAACUUGGCCAUCCAUUUAUCAGCCUUUCAAAUGCAUGUCUGUGUAUCCUUUCCCUGGAAAUGACAUUUCAUCUGAAGAAAUAGUUCUCCCUUAUGGUAAGUCAAAUUAAGUUAUGAGCCACCUGAAAUCCAAAGAGCAUAUGAUAUGCAUGAACUCAAUCUAACUGAAGCCUCUUUGACAAUGCGAAGUCUGCAGAAACAAAAGAAAAACACUUCGUUCCAUAAAUCACUGCACACAUGUUUUCAAGGUAUAAAUUCAGUCAUGCUAAGAAAACAGUUGAAUAUGCUAGUAUAUAUUCAGUACAAAUACAUAUUCAGCAGGCAAUAUAUUCUUCUUCUUUUUUGUAUUAUUUAUAAAAUUUCUAAACCACAAUUAUGACAGAAUCCACAGUGGUGUACAGCAACAGUAAAAAUGAUAAUACAUCACAUCAACACCACACAUCUUUUAUAGGGAAAAAAACCCUGAAAGGCAGCAAUACUAUGAAGCAGGCUCAGGCAGUAAAACAAAUUUAAAAUGCCUGGGCAAAUAAAAAUGUCUUCGUUUGUUGGAGAAAAGUUUGUAAUGUCAGUGCAAACAUUGUUUUGCAAAAAAUGCUGCUGGAUUUUUGUGGCCUCAAAAUUCUAUCCACUUUCUCUACAAUAUUUUCAUAAUCUAGAAAUUAUUUAGAAUAGACAUGAAACUUCACUCUUUAUUAUGUUGCCCAGCACCACAGAGUACUUAGAAAUUUGUAUUCUCAUCUUAAAACAUUGGCCUCAAGGGAUUAGCCUGUGUUGUCAUUGUAAGGUCACUGCAAUAUUGAUGAAAAGUCAUGUUUUGUGUGUAUUGUGUUGGUACAUCAAGAAUCCAAUCAAACUCUCAGUUAUUGUGAUGUUGUCAUUAACCUAUUAUUGGAUUGUUCACUGCAAUGGUUAUUUUCAACAGAGUUUCAGACUACAUCUUUGCCACUCUCAGAAUCUGUUACUCAAGUUACUCAAGUCUCGGAUUCCCCCACACAAAGUAAGUGGAAGUCUAUAUUUUUGUGCUUUUCUUAAAACCUGCACACACAAAAAUCACAUAAAUACUGAGAGUAAAUGUGGCAAUGGUAGAGCCUUUUCUCAGCUGCCAUGAUGUUGUUUCCCCACCUAAAUACAGAACCAUAAAGUUUCUGGGAGGUUACUAAAGCUCCAUGCUGAAGUAACUCUGUUGUAAGAAGAAUGAAUUUAACAAGCAAAGAUAUUCAGGUGCAAAACUAAUGAAAUUCUUUUAUCUCAAUGUAUUUUGGACAUCUUCAUUGGGAAAUCUGCAAAUGUGUUUGUGUGUCUUAAAAUACACAUAUACAAACUACUAUAUCAUUAUUAAUACUAAUGUUAGAUCAUGUUUUGUGACAUUGGCCUAGCAUGCCACACUAAGCUGGAAGAGCUAAACCACAAGACCAGGUUCAAUCAAUAUCCUAAGCCAAACCAUGGCACAGCACAUGUGCAGUGGCAAAAUGACCGGUGAGAAACCUGCAUUCUUGCACUCUUGAACUUUUGCUUAACCAUGGUUUGACUUACCCCACCAUACAAACCCUACUGUUGAUUUCACUAUCAAGAAUCAAAUCUCACGGUUAGUACUAAGUUGUUCUUAAGCUAUUAUUAGACAUUUCAUCCACUACAUUUGAGACUAUUGUUAUUUUCAACAGGGCUUCAGACUACGACGAUGGAAGCUUCAAAAUCCAGUAGUCAGGUUACUCCAGUUUUGGAUUCCCUCACAAAAAGUACCGGUAAGUUAUGUUUAUCUGUAUGAAACACUUUCUGCACUUUUCUGAGAAAUUCGUCCAACAAUAAAUGAUUAAAAUACUUACCAAGCUCUGAUAUUGCUAUUCCAACAUGUAUCCCAUUCCACCUAGGAUGCUCCAACUACAUUUGUUGUUUAUGUGGAAAGUUCAAUAUGGCAAAUUGAACCCACAUGCUCCAUGCAACGCCCCUAGGCUAAUUAGCAUCAAGUUUUUCGCUCAAAGCCUAAGGAUAGGGAAAGGGUGGUAGCUCAGUGGUAGAGUGUGUGCUUUGCCUGCAGGAAAUCUUAGGCUGAAAUUCCCACCAUCUCCAGGUAAAGCUUAGAAACAACGAAAACCAGAAACCUGAAGAACCAUUGUCAGCCAACAGAUACUACUGAGUAAGGCGAACCACUGCUCUGACUCAGUCUAGAGCAGCUUCCUUCAGUCCGGUGUUGUGCAGGGAUUCAGGAAUGUCUGAUUUGCACCUCAAUAGACCAAAGAUAUAUCAAGUAUGUCAAUAUGUUCUCAAGCUGCUCUUACACACUACUCAUGUAAGGAAGGGAGAAUGUUCUGAUCUCGGGUUGAGGACCUCUUUCCAGCCAAACAGCUGCAGUUCCUUUCUAGCCAACCUCCCAACAGGCAGCCACAGGUCAGUGGUAGGCAGGGGCCAGAAGCAAAAUAUUGAUUGACUCGCAUACCUCUCUCCAUCCCCCAUCCAGGCAAACAGGAAGCAUGAGCAAAGUUCAAAGAUGCAAUCUAGCCAGGCAAUGAGUGUGGAAAGCAGGAGUUUGGUCUGGGCAGAAGGGGGUAUGGUUUGGGGAGGAUUCUGGGAGACAUAUAGAGAAGCCUGGAAAGCUGCAUUCAACCCUCAGACCUGAGUUUCCCCAUCCCUGUGCUAAUCUACCACCACUGCCAAAUCUUCUCAACCACCAUCUCCCUUCUCCUUAUAUUCCCCCAUCUGCUCCUACAUAUAGGAAUGUGAUCUUUCAAGGUAGAGAAGGAGAGAGGGGAACAUGAAGCAGCAUAAAAUCUAUGUGUGUGUUUCUCCAAGUUCUUAUAGGGUGGUUUUGUGUCCUCUCCUUUGUUUUUCUCUUCAUUUUGCCUUCCCUGGCCAAGUCACUUGGCAAAAGACUAACCCGCUUCCUCUGUUCAUCUGCAGCAUUUUUAUUUGCCAAAUCUCUAAUAUACAUAUUUAAGUCCGCCUCGUAAAAUAAGCAGACAAGGCACCGGCAGUGAAGUGACUUCAUCAUAGCCAAGUGAUGCAGCCCAAAAGGGAAUGCAAUCUGAGAGAUUCUUAAAAUAUUCUCUGAAUCCAUCUCUCCUGGGAGCCAUUGUGCACAUGUGAAAUUACAUUAGGAGCUGCCGAGGUCCAGAUGGAGCACCAAGUCAGCUGUUUGCUGAACAUUUGUCUUGAGCUGGCUCAGAUUUCCUUGUAGGACAGGCACAGCAUAGCAUCAUGAUGGGAUUUCAUACAUCUGACAAAGGGCAGCAGUCGGCUGUUUCUCCUUUUCUUUUUUUAGUUCAGGUUCACCUACUCCUGAGCUUGUUUUCUUGCGGCCGCAUUUGUUGCCAAGCCAACUUUUUCUAAAAUAUUUUGAGUGUAGAUAAUACUGAGCUAGAUGGAUUGUCAUGGACUGGCUGGAUCCUGAGGAGUGGUGGGAGGCAUCAGCUGGGGAACCCCCAAGGCUCAGAGCCAGGGGAGUGGUGGCAGAAUGACAAUGAGUGGUCAGAGGGAGAAGAAGGAGCAUACUGGGAGGAGAAGGUAUCAGAAGCAGAUGCGGUAACAAGAUUUGGUGAGCAGGAAGAGGCUGUGGCAGAGGGCAGUUCAGACUAUGAGGCAGAAGCAGAGGCUGGAGGGGAGUAGGGCCAGGAGACAGAGAGGCAAGCUGCUGAAAAACCCAGGCAGUUUCCCCCUCCUGUUGUGACUAGCUCUGUCUCUCCCCCCCAGUUUCCUAGAACUCAAAGAAAUGAAGAAGGCAGAACGGAGGGGGGUUGUGUGCAGGCACAGUUUAUGACUGCUUGGGAAAGACCCUGGAGAGGAGGAGCCUUAGGAAGUGAUGGGAAGGUGGGGACCUUCAGUCCUCGCAACCUCCUUGUUACUGGGGAAGCAAGGGAAGAGUUGCUGGGAUCACUAGUCCUGCGCUGUUUUGGUUUCUUGAAUAAGGGAUUGAUUUCACUGACACCAUGUUGUGCUUUGAUUGCUUGGCUCUAGCUCCUGAGAUGGCCCAAUGCACUUAUAUAUUUAUACUUCACCUUUUUUCCUUGGUGGGACUCAGAAUGGAUUGCAAUAAAAAUAGUAAAGGUAAAGGGACCCCUGACCAUUAGGUCCAGUCGUGGCCAACUCUGGGGUUGCGGCGCUCAUCUCGCUUUAUUGGCCGAGGGAGCCAGCGUACAGCUUCCGGGUCAUGUGGCCAGCAUGACUAAGCCGCUUCUGGCGAACCAGAGCAGUGCACGGAAACGCCGUUUACCUUCCCGCUGGAGCGGUACCUAUUUGACAUGCUUUCGAACUGCUAGGUUGGCAGGAGCAGGGACUAAGCUAUCGGAGCUCACCCCGUCGCGGGGAUUCGAACCGCCAACCAUCUGAUGGGCAAGUCCUAGGCUCUGUGGUUUAACCCACAGUGCCACCUGCAUCCCUACGCAAUAAAAAUAAGAAGCACUAAAAACAUAGAAAAAAACAAUCAAUAAAAUCCAAUUAUAUAUAUUUUCUCUCUCUCUCUCUCUCUCUCUCUCUCUCUCUGUGUGUGUGUGUGUGUGUGUGUAAAAUAUGCUAAAAACAUACCAAUAAUUCCAAUAAAAACAGCAUGGCCCCAGCUCUUUCAAUAAAAGCAGGCCGUUCCCAAAAGCCUGUUGGAACAAGAAAGUCUUCACCUGCCAGUGGAAGGACAACAAGGAGGGAUCCUUAUCCAGUAUAAAACAGAUUCCUAUGCUCCUUUGAAAUGUCAACAUGUACUUGCCUUUUAAAAACAUGAACCUGAAUACAAACUCAAUUGCUUUCAAGUAUGCUCUCUUAUCUAGUUGAUGUGUAGGGGGCCCUGAUACAGCCUCCUCUUUUGUAUGCAGCAAUGUUAUAUGAGAAAACACUUGCGGAAGUCCUUCUUUAUUCACUUCAUUGACUGGCACUGCUCAACAUGACUAUCUGUACUGCGUGUGUGGAAUAUCUCCGCUGCCGAGUUGAACAGGGCACUCGACUUCCUUAGACGUCCCAUGUCAUGGUUCAUAAAUGUCAUGUUGGUUGCAAAGUGCUUUUGUUGCUCUUGCUGUCUGACAAAUCCCCUGCUUGCCUUAAUAAAGCUGUAACUUCCCUUUGCCUUCUUCUUUUCACUGUAAAAGUUUCCCAUUCAACUUUGCUCAGUGAGAUAAUCCGAAUGACAGCUGUUCGGCGCUUAGCUUCCAUAGGAACAUCCUUUGUGCGCCAGGCACUAAGAGACACUUUGACACGGAGUGUUAAUCACUGUACGUCUCUCCUUCUCAAGCUUGCAGCCAGUGUCAAAGAGCCAGUUUCUUUUCUCCCCAAACCCAGAUAGAUGUCAAGGAUGAUUGACCUCUUCCCAUAGAAAUGUCUGAAAUAAGACUUUGAAAUGUGUCAUCCUUCAAAACAUGGACUCCGUAAAAUUUGGGCAAGAGGUAUUCAGAAAGCUGUGGCCGGGAGAAAGGGAGGGAACCUACCAGUGCAUUUUUUUCUGGGGGUACGCAGGACUACGCGUACCCCUAAACAUUUUGUGAAUCUAAUGGGAGCAGAAACUAAAAAAAAAAUUAAAUGUUUAGUUUCUUCUCUAGCACGGUGAAUCAUAAGUCCCAUUGCUACCUCCAGUGUCCAUUUAAUGUUUUUAUUUUUCCUGAUUUGAACUAUAAAAUGGUGGUUCUCUUGAAUCAAAAUGAGAGUCGCCCUAAAUAUUUUUUAAGGGAAAAAAAGCACUGGAACCUACAGUAGGAGGGAGGAGGAGGAAGAAAUGGGGAAGAAGCCAGAAGAAGUGUGGGAGAGGGGCAAGGAGGCUAAAGGGAAGCUCAGGAAGAUUUUAAGUAUGUUCCGCUGUUUAUGUGGAAGAUUCUAAGUCCAUUUACCAAAUGCAGGAAGAAUACCCCUUCAGAGUUGGAGGUGGCAGGAACAUGGCAUUGGUGUUGCUAUGCACAGCACACACCCCCACUCGAGCCACACUUCACGUCCAUGCAUGUUGUUCAAAUGAAUGAACAGGGCAUUUGUAUCCCCACAAAAUGAAGCUUUUUCACUAGCGUUGUGACCUGUCCCAUGGGAAAUCUCUUCAACAAAGCAUUGAUGCAACACUUUGAACAAGGACCUUAAAGACACUUUGAUUUCCACAGAGCCCGGGCUUUCGACUAAAAACCUGCAAGAUAACACCGUUACUAAGAUCUCCAGUUACUCUGCAGUGCCACAAAGUAAGUAGCCUACAGUAGCUUUUUAUGUUAACAGCCAGAUGCGCUGACCCAUUGCCCAACACAAACCAGUUGUUUUGGUUUGGGGGGGGGAGAGGGAAGUUAACUUCAAUGAAAGAUCCAGAAGUGAAGAGAAAUGCAAACUAUUCCUUUGCAUAUACAGUCAUACCUUGGUUCUUGAAUGUAAUCCAUUCCGGAAGUCCGUUCAACUUCUGAAAACGUUCAAAAACCAAGGUGUGGCUUCCAAUUGGCUGCAGGAGCUUCCUGCACUCAAUCAGAAGCCAUAGAAGCCACGUCAGACGUUCAGCUUCCAAAAAAAGUUCACAAACCGGAACACUCACUUCUGGGUUUGCAGCAUUCAGGAGCCAAAACGUUCGAGUCAGAAGGCGUUUGAGAACCAAGGUACAACUGUACUAUCAAAGAAAGAUGAUAGAGCUUGCUCACUAUUUUGUGACGUUUUGGUUGUCCAUAAGACAGGGAAUUUGGGAUUUAUUUAUUUUUAUCAAACUAAAUGUGGCAAUGUAACCCUUAGCCGGGCAUGCAGAUACAACCAACCCCUUCUUCUGCUUACCUUAUCAGGUGGCUUUCUCUUUGAGAAAAGCUCAUUUAUAUGGCACGCAGAAGGUUAUAUCCUCCUCCCUGCUGUGGAUUAAGUGGGAGGAGCUCAUCCAUGCCUGUCUCUGUCCCACUACACCUCUGUCUUUGACUCUGGGCUCAUCCAGACUCUGAGCCCUCUGUUGCCCUUCCCAUAGAGACUGAAUAGUUCAACCCGUGCUAGAUUUUUCCCCCCUAGCUGUACCAUAUUGCUCUGACUGAAAUGUUGCUUGUCUUGCUGCCUGGAAAAAGGCUCCCAGUCAUUAAUCCGGGAAGACUCUAACCAGUGGCCUAAGGGUUAGUGCUUGCUAUUCACAAUUACGAUUCUCUUAACACAAUCAUUUCUCAUGUCUAACACGCUUAGCAGGCUGCUCCUCUUUCAGGCUGCGGAUGCUUGCUUGACUUACAAGCUGUGAAAAGCUAUUCCCUGUGGCAAGUCAUUCUGCUUAAAAGUUCACAUACAUAACACGCAAUUAGGAUCCAACAAACUAAUAUUGAUCGCUCGCUCCCAAACUGUUUCCUACACAAGUGAGAAGUGUCGGAUGAAGUGUGGAGGGCAAGGGUCUGACAAGAAUACCCUUUUCCUCCUUCACCCACCCACCCCAAAUACAUGGGCUGCAAUAGAUCACUGGAAAAUAAAUUAAAUUUGUUCAAAUCUCCCCAAUGCAGAGGUGCAGAUUCUGAGGGAACUCAAUGCCCUCACCACGGGGGGAGAAGCUUUGGAUAUUAUAAUGGAAAUCUGGGAAAAGGAUGGACGGUUCUCACAGAUUUCCUCCCUCGUCCUGUUCCACAAUGUCUGAAAUUGCCCAGACAACAAAGGUUAUUUUCAGAUAUGGGGCUAAGUGAAGAUAUGUCCACAUAUAUUUAUGACAUGUGCAGAGGAAUGCUAGAACAUUAUUUGCUUUUCUGUUAUAACUAUAUUCAAAAAUCUCUGUGUGUCUGCAAUUUAAUUGUAAACAUGUAUAAUUAAAGCCACCAUGUACAUCACUUCUGCUCAUAGGGUUGUCAUAUGUCUGGAACUUCCCGGGCUUACUGGAAUACUGCAGUCGGAAGCAGUAUGUGGUUGGAAAUUGGCAAAAAUAUCUGGGGAAAUCCGGAUGUAUGGCAAUCUAUGUUGGGUUUUUUGCUGAUUUUUCUUAAAAAUAUCUCAAAAAUAUUAUUAUUUUUCAAUUUUGCCCAAAGCUCAACAACUUUGGCAAAACAAAACAAAACUCAACAAUUUUUGUGUCUGUAUUUUCACUCUUUAAAAUAUGGCAACCCUGGGAUACAACACAGUGAGUGACAUCUUACACUCACUAGUUCAUCAUUUAACCAAUGUUUUUGUUUUGCUUGAUGCUGAUGCCAACAGAAGCCCUUUUUCAAAACUGAAAUAUCAAGUUGGCUAAAUUUUUAUCAUAUAAAUAAAUAAUGGUGCUAAGAUGGUUACAAUUUCAGAACACGGAAAUCAAGCCAGUAUAAUAUAUAUCAUGUUGGGGGUGUUGGUCUGGAUUUGUUUUUAAAGGGAAUCUAUCCACCAGCAGAGAGACGGAAGUAACCACACUGAUUACACUUGAUCAUUCAUCCACUGGGAAGGACUGGUUUAAUAAUACAGGUGAGUUACUGUUUCUCUUUCAGAUGUAUCCUGCUGCAAACAUUUCUUUUUGAUCCUGAUCUUGAAAUCUUUCCAUUGAUCUCUUGGGUGGAGGUGUGGGAUUAAAGGAAGGUGAUUCAUGCUUAAAUUUCCCCUCCCCAAAUCUCCAUGAUCAUAAGGAUCGAUCAUGGCAGUAGGGAUGUUCAAAUGACCUUCUCUGCACAUACAGCAAAUGCGUAUUGGAGGAACCAGUUGUGCCUGGUGUCUCUCCCUCCAGUGUCACAGCAACCCUUCCCUCCCUGUCCAUAUACUCAGCACCAUGUUUGAAGUGGGAGCCCACAAGAGUGCAGAUAUGUAAGUAUUGGCUCUCCAUUGAGAAUGGUUUGCAAACAGGGCUGUGUAUUGGGUGGAGAGCUGAUGUGUGUACAGCUGGAUAUGUUUGGAGUCCCCAUCAGAUAUCACCUGUGGACAUUAGAAAAUAAUAAUAAUAAUAAUAAUAAUAAUAAUAAUAAUUUAUUUAUACCCUGCCUAUCUGGCUGGGUUUCCCCAGCCACUCUGGGCAGCUGGCAACAAAAUAUUAAAAUACAAUAGUCCUUCAGAUAUUAAAAGCUUCCCUAAACAGGGCUGCCUUCAGAUGUCUUCUAAAAGACUGGUAGUUGCUUUUUCCUUUGACAUCUGGUGGGAGGGUGUUCCACAGGGUGGGCACCACUACCGAGAAGGCUCUCUGCCUGGUUCCCUGAAACUUCACUUCUCGUAGUGAGGGAACCACCAGAAGGCCCUCGGUGCUGGACCUCAGUGUCCGGGCUGAAUGAUGGGGUGGAGAUGCUCCUUCAGGUAUACUGGGUCUGAGGCCAUUUAGGGCUGUGAAGGUCAGAACCAACACUUUGAAAUGUGCUCAGAAACAUACUGGGAGCCAAUGUAGGUCUUUCAGGACCGGUGUUAUAUGGUCUCGGUGGCCGCUCCCAGCCACCAGUUUAGCUGUCACAUUCUGGAUUAGUUGUAGUUUCUGGGUCACCUUCAAAGGUAGCCUCAUGUAGAGCGCAUUGCAGUAGUCCAAGCGGGAGAUAACUAGAGCAUGCACCACUCUGGCGAGACAGUCUGCGGGCAGAUAGGGUCUCAGCCUGCGUACCAGAUGGAGCUGGUAAACAGCUGCCCUGAACACAAAAUUGACCUGUGCCUCCAUGGACAGCUGCGAGUCCAAAAUGAUUCCCAGGCUGUGCACCUGGUCCCUCAGGGACCAGGGAGUCCUCCACACCUGCUCGCCUCCUGUCCCCCCAAAACAGUACUUCUGUCUUGUCAGGAUUAAACCUCAAUCAGUUAGCCGCCAUCCAUCCUCCAACCUUGCAUGGUGCAAGUGGAGUGGAAGAAGCAAAGAUCACCAGUGUCAAAGCAAUGAUUCUUCAACAUCAACUUAGUUGGACUGGUCAUGUUGUGCAGGUGCCUGAGUAUCAUUUUCCAAAGCAACUACUCUAUUCCAAGCUUAAAAAUGGAAAGCGUAAUGCUGAUGGUCAACAAAAGAGGUUUAAAGACUCUCUCAAGGCAAAUCGGGGGGAAAUGUAGUAUAGACAUUGACAACUGGGAAACACUGGCCUGUGAGUGCUCCAUUUGGAGAACAGCCUUUACCAAAGGUGUCAUGGACUUUGAAGAUGCUCGCACUCAGGAUGAAAGGGAGUAAUGUGCUAAGAGGAAGGCACGCUUGGCAAACCUUCACCAGGAUCAACUCCCACCUAGAAACCUAUGACCCCACUGUGGAAGGACGUGUGGAUCCAGAACUGGCCUCCACAGUCACUUACGGACUCACUGCUAAAACCGUGUUCAUGGAAGACAAUCUUACUCAGCUACGAGUGAUCGCCAAAGAAGAAGAAAGAAGAAGAGGGAAUGCAUUAGAUGUACACAUGAAAGGGGUCACCUGAACACCUCUAGUACUAACCAUUGAUUUGGAAGUGUGUACCUGGUGCAGGGGCACUGGGUGCUCCUUAUGGGUCUCCCUACGAGUAGCACUCCUUUGUGUGUGAGCAAGCACAUACAUAAAAAUGAACUGCAUGGCAUCAUAUGCAUUUGGAUGCAUGAAGGUUCAGGCACAAGUGAGCACAAAAUGUGCAGCUAGAGAAUGCGCUAAUGCUUACGUGUACAAAAGUUAGGGCAGGUACCUUAACUUACCAUCUCCAUGCUUUUUGUGUGUGUGCAUUACUGAAUUUAAGUGCCUGAAACAAAACAAAUUAGCCCUUAAUUAUAACUCAUUGAGGUGUGGUUGAGCUUUUAAGAUUGUUUUAUUUAUGUUGAUGCCAGUUUCAGCCCUUUUCAAAGUGGAAAUUAUCUAGUUGGCUACAAUUUUAUCAUCAAGAUAAACAAAAGGCUAAGAUGGUUAACAUUUCAGAAUAGGAAUUUAAAGUUUCUGUAACAUAUCAUGUGGGGAUCACUGGGUUUUUGGUUUUUUAAGGUGAUCUAUCCACCAGAAGAGUGACUGAAGAAACCUCUCUGACUAGCCAUGAUAAUUCAUCCACAAUAAAGGACCAGUUUAAAAGUACAGGUGAGUUACUGUUUCUUUUUUAAACCUACUUCAUUUGGGCCCAGAUCUAGUAGGUUUUCCAGUGCUGCUUCUGGUAACAUGUAUCUCUUAGGUGAGAGAAUUAUAUGAAGGGGAUUCAUGUUUAAAUCCUACCCUUCAACCCUCAAUGAUAAUGAUUGUUAUUUAUUAUCUAUCUGUCUAUCAUCUAUCUAUUACCUUUAUCUUCCAAGGAUCUCUAGAUGGUGUACAUGGUUCUUCUCCUCCCCAUUGCAUCCUCACAAAAACCCUGUGAAGUAGGUCAGGCUAGGAGAUGGUGACUGGCCUGAGGUCACCCAGUGAGCUACAUGGCUGAGUGGGGAUUUGAACUCUGGUCUCCCAGGUCCCAGUCCAACACUCUAACCAUUACACCAUACUGGCUCUCCAGCACAACACCAUUAAAUCUAACAGUAAGAGCAUUCAAUUGGCCUUUUCUAUGCAUACAUGCAAUGGGUGGAGGGAGGACCAGGUUGAGCCUGGUGUCUCCACCUCCAGUACCAUGGGUUCCAUAUCCCUAUCUUCUUUAUCCGGGAUGCAAGUGGUGUUGUGGUCUAAACCAUUGAGCCUCUUGGGCUUACUGAUCAAAAGGUUCAAAUCCCACCGAUGGGGUGAGCUCCCGUUGCUCUGUCCCAGCUCCUGCCAACCUAGCAGCUUGAAAGCACACCAGUGCAAGUAGAGAAAUAGGUACCACUGUGGUGGGAAGGUAAACAGCAUUUCCAUGUGCUCUGGUUGUCGUCACGGUGUUCCGUUGCACCAGAAGCAGUUUAGUCAUGACCUGGACUUUCCACAUGACCUGAAAAGCUGUCUGUGAACAAACGCCGGCUCCCUCAGCCUGAAAGAGAGAUGAGAGCCACAACCCCAUAGUCGCCUUUGACUGGACUUAACCAUCCAGGGGUCCUUUACCUUUUUUUUUUUUUUUUACACCUCCUUGUCCACAUGCUCAGCAUAGAGUUUGAAACGGGAGCCCACAUGAGUAUAGCUCAUGGGCUCUCCAUUCAGUUAGAAACUGUUCACAGGACAGCUGACUGGAUGGCAAGCCCAUGCUCAUACAGUUGUACAUACAUUGGCCGGCUUUCCUUCAAAUGUCACACAUGGACAUCAGAGGGUGAUGGUACCAGCAGAGUGUGCACUAUUGGGGGUGCGGCCACAUAUUAGACGUCUGCAUGGAGUGGGCUGUUUGAACACCACCAGUACUAACCAUUCAUUUGGGACUGUGUAUGUGGUACAGGGACGCGGGUGGCGCUUUGGGUUAAACCACAGAGCCUAGGACUUGCUGAUCGAAAGGUCGGUGGUUCGAAUCCCCGUGGCGGGGUGAGCUCCCAUCUUUCGGUCCCAGCUCCUGCCCACUUAGCAGUUCGAAAGCACCCCUAAGUGCAAGUAGAUAUAGGGACUGCUUUAUAGCGGGAAGGUAAACGGCGUGUCCAUGUGCGGCGCUGGUGCUGGCUCGCCAGAUGCAGCUUCGUCACGCUGGCCACGUGACCCGGAAGUGUCUUCGGACAACGCCAGCUCCCAGCCUCUUGAGCGAGAUGAGCGCGCAACCCUAGAGUCGGUCACAACUGGCCCUGACGGGCAGGGGUACCUUUACCUUUACCUUUUAUGUGGUACAGGAGCAGUGGGUGCUCCUUAUGAGCCUUUUUUUACUGGGAGACCUAAUAUGUGUGUCACAGAGCACAUGCAGAAAAAUGAAUAGCAUAGAAUCUCAUGCAAAUAUUGCUCUUUCUAGAUAUAAAUCUGUGCAUAAAUUGCCCUUUCUUAAUCAGGAAACAUGUGCUAUUCUUGGUCCGUUCUUUUUAAUGCAUACUGAUUAUGUAUGUGGGUGUACAUUGUACAGCUUUUAUGAUAUUUUUGAAUGGUUAUACAACAAUGUACUCGGAAUAAAAACAAAUAAAACAGCCUAACAAAAGUCAGUGAAUGCAAUCAAAUAAGCCCUAAAAGUGGCACAGAGCAACUCUAAGCAUAUCCGCCAAGAGCAAUUUCAUAAGGCUGAAACAUACAUCCGGUGAACCGACAGACAAUUUGAGACACAAGCGUGUGUUUGAUUUUCUUAUUUUGACUCAAAUUAAAAAUCAUCAGUGACCAUUAUGCCAUGGUACGUGCUCCAGAGAAACAUCUUACAUUUGCCUCAUUUCCUUUUGCUAGAAGUAACAGCCACUAAUUUGCAUAUGUCAGUGUUUCACAAUGACAUUUAUAACCACCUGAGCAGUCAUACGAAACUAAAUUAAGCUUCCUGUUCUUUGCUCUUGCCUUUGCACCGUUCGCUCCUCUGAGACCCAUCUGAGAAUUUCUGUGUGGGCAGAAAGGGCAACGCCAAAAAUAUAGGUUAGAGCAGAGCAGAGAUAAGCAAAAGCCUCUAUUUUCCCCUUGUCAGAGGACAACAGGCAAAGGAGCGCUUGGACAGCUCCUCACAAAUGCUUCUAUUGACAUAGAUGUGACAUACAUGCAGUUGCCCUGAAAGACCAAAACUGCAGGAUGUGGCUACUCACAUCCUGAGUGGGAACUAGUUGUUCAGAGCUCAGAGCUAUUUUUUAUUGCUUGCUAGCAUGCUGCAAGAUGCUGGUUUUGACUGUGAAACUGCAAACCAUUGGGAUGGUUUGCCUGCUUAGAAACAGAACCUUUUGUCCUAUCACAAAAGGUGAUGGGACGAAAAGGACAAAGCUCAGAGGGAGAGCAUCUGCUUUGCACCCAUAAGGUUGCAGGUUCAAUCCCUUACAUCUCCAGAUAUGGCUGGGAGAGACCCCUGUCUGAAAUCUUGGAGCGCCUGUACCAUCAGGAUAAGGCUUCCUUGAUCUUGACAGUACUUCAGACAACCAUGCGUCUCAAGCUUCUGUUUCACAGAGCUAACUGGCACUUCUACCUUUCCAAAGCUGCAAGGAUUGAGAUGUGUAUUAAUGUGUCAAUCAGUCAAAAACAGAUAUGGCUGUGGCAGCUUCCAGGGUCGCCUCCAGACUGUCACUGUUUCGUGGGAGGGAUUCGUUUGCAUACCAAAAAUGCAGAUUUGUGAAAUUAAAAAGGAUUAAAGUACCCUAUCACAACAAAUCUGCUUUAAAAAAGAAAAAGAAACCCAGACAUUUUGCUGUAAGGGAAGUGACAGGGAAAUGCACUAGAAAUAGAUAGUGGUUGGUUGACAGGAAGUCGUAUAGCCUCUGCACAAACACAUCAGAAGGAAUGCUCAUUAAAUAGUGGACAUUGCAUAACUGUCAUGCAUGCAUUGUGCAAUCAAAUCAGGAUGAAUGCUCAAUUAACAGCUCCGCUAGAGGAACCUCAAAAUCAUAGCCCCUCGGUUACCAGCUGCUGUGAACAAGCGCUGCUGCCUUACUUGCAAGCAGCAAUUUCACACAAUUUGUUUCUCAUUGUGACUACCAGUUACAACUCGCAUGUUGACAAGAAAAAUGUAUUGUCUGAAUCAGCCCUUGGUUUAGAAAUGGGAGAGGAGAAAGCAGCUGUUUGAAGUUGUAUUGUUUUUGCCUAUGAUAGCUGGGGUUCUUUUUUCAGGUACUGCAACUAGUCCAGGAAAGACUUCCUUCCCCUGGCCAGCAGUUGUAGCCGUUCUGCUUCUCUUAUGCACAUGCUUAUUCAUUUUGGGAGUCAGAAAAUGGUGUCAGUAUCAAAGAGAAAUGUAAGUAGUACAUGCCCGCCUGGCAUUUUGCAUGCUAAUACAAAAUGUGCUGUUGUGAAAUAAAUCCCCAAUGAAAGCACUCGGAAAGGGCCAUAGCUCAGUGGCUGAACAACUGUUUUGCAUGGAGAAGCUUCCAGGUUCAAUCCCCAGCCUCUCCAGGAAGGGCUGAGAAAGACCCCUGUCUCAGAAACCUGGGGUAAUGGUGGCAGUCACAGUGGACAAUAAGCUAAAUGGACUAGUGGUCUGACUCAGUAUAAAGCAGCUUCAUGCAUGCCUGCGAUUUGCAAUCUGAUUAGAAUGGUGUGUAAUUUAGCAUUCUUGAAAUUGCAGUUGCUGAGCCUCGUUGAUCACAGUGGGACUUGAGCAUGUUCAGUGCAUCUGCACCGAUUUGCAUAAUGCAGGGUAGCCAAGAUGGCACCCUUCUUCAACAUUGCUGGGCUACAACUCCCAUCAACCCCUGAAUAUUGGCCAUUCAGGCUGAGGCUGAUGGCAGUUGGAAUCCAGCAACAUCUCAAGGCAUCACACUGACUUGCCCCAGUUGGGGGCCGCAUCACAAUAAAGAACUGGAAUACAACAAGAGUGGUGCUGUGUAAAACCUUGGCUAAUUUCUUCAGACACCGUCAGAAUCACAGAUACUUAUUGAACAUGGCGAAUAAGAGACAAAACUACUUUUCCUGCUGGCAUCCCGAUUGAAACCCUCAGCGUUUUAUGUACUCACAUGUACACAGAAGUGUGAGGCAUCAUGCAAGCAAUUCCAACUCCUGUCAACUGUAAUUAAGUGUAACAUUUUGCAUAAAAGAGACAACCGAAUGUAGUCCAUUCAUUGGCAACCUCAAAACUAGAUUGCUGUAAUCUGCUCUAUGUGGGGCUGCCCUUGUAUAUUGCCCAGAAACUUUAUGUAUGAGGCCGUUUUCUCCUCAGAACGAUGACUUCUUAAUUUUGUUUACCUUCCCUACCAUUUUAUUGUGUGUUGCUGUUAUGUUUUGCUGUGUAUUAUUUUUAAAUACACUGGGUGCUGUUUUUUCAUUUUAGUCUGAACAGACCGCCGUCUUUCAAGCCGCCUCCUCCUCCAGUUAAAUACACCUCUAUACAAGAAUUAGAGGGAAUGUACUCAUCGUGCAAUGAACAGGAAAAUGGGCCUGAAGCUUUCCGGGAUGAUUCGAGUCUUUAUCGUAUGACCCUUACGCCUGCCAUGUGGCAGUGAGCCACAUGGAAAUUUAGACUGCUUAAACCUGCAUGGAUGCGAAAGCUGCAAUAUAGCAUAACUACGUGGUCAGAAAAUAAUACAAAUAUUGAGCAGCUUGUGGAGGAACCAUGAAGUGGUUGUGUUGCAGGAAGUCAAGUAUAAAUCAGAGCUAAGUGUACCAUCCAUAUCAUAUCCAUUCUACUUUGUCUGGAUUCAGUGCAUAGUAACGGCAGCGUCUCUGAAAAGCGCUAACAUCAGAAUUUGAAUGAAAUCAUUGCCAGGUGAUUUCCAGAUCUCCUUAUCUCUAAGCUUGCCUUGUGAUUUUGAGAUUUUAAGAAAAAGGGGGAGGGAAACAAAUGAAGGUUGGGCAGAUACAUAUUUAUUCUUCCUUCUUGUUUGUCCCAUGAUUUGGAAAAUGCCAUAAUUAUGCAAUCUGCGAGGCAUUUGAGAAUCAGAUUUUUAAUGUAGUUUUCGUGCAAUUUUAAAUUACCCUUGUAUUUUGAUUUUCCAAACACUUUCUUGUGUAUGUUUUUAAAGGCACUUUAGGAUAAUAAACGGCUAAAAAAUAAUGCUGUAGUAACCAUGGAGGACCAGAAGGUGGCUCUGUAGGCUUAAUUUUUGCAUAUAAAAUGUUUCCCAUAAUAUGGUGAUAACCCAGAAUGUAAACAGCUGCUAAAUCUGCUAAUAUGCAAUAUGUUUCAAAAUAAGUGAUUUGUGGAUAUAAACAGAGAUAAGUAGGCUGAGUAGUUGACAUUUUUCUUCUUCUUUUUUUUUAAUGUACGAAUUUAAACCAAAGAUGAACAAUAUCCAUACCAGAAUUUGCCUCUGAUUUUCUGUCAACAGUAGCUAGACUUUUGUGAACGUCAUAUCUGAAAAGCUCUGAUACUAGGAUGCAAAUAAAAUAUUUGCCAAAUGGUUUCCAGAUCUCGUGAUUGCUAAGUUUAUUAUCAC